GAAGAAAAUAAUCGUAGUGUAGCGUUUUUUUUAUGGGGUUUGACUGUUAAUUUGCAUAGUAUAAAUUUGGCGGUAACCAACUACAAAUUUCAACAAACGCAAGACUUUCGCAUUACUUUUAAGUAUGGCAUAUAAGACCCUGUAGUAGAAUGGGGCACAACAUCCAUUUAAAUCCAUAAUAUCUCAUGUAAAAACAUAGCGUUAUUGGUGUUAUCUUGUAUUUGAACAGUUUUUAUAUAUAGUACUGUGGGGCAAGACGGGAGAGCUUUAGCACAUAAUACCUAAAUAUCCUGAUCGAGUUUUAAACAAUUAACAACAGUCUAUAAUAGUCGUGACGGAACGGUUUUAUGUUCGAUUUAAUGUUCUUAGUUUGCUUUCAAAUGGGACGAAAAAUAUAGAGUCUUUCCCUAUCCUAUUGUAACUUUAUUAUUAACAGUAUAAUUAAUAAAAAGUGCUGUAACACACGAGGCGUUAACACACAAAAGGGCACCCAUGUACCAAGCGGUAUACGAUGGCCUGCUGAUUGAUUUGUACAGUAGUUAGAAGUGGUACAUUAAGUUAUCGGAAAUUUCGAGGUAUGAACUUUACGUCAACCAAGUUUCUUAAAACUGGUACACCCAACGAUACGUGUUAAUACGGAACUAUAGGUUGAAAACAGUUUAAACGUCAUUUUGGUUUAUACACUCAAGCGAACUGUGGUUUAUAUAAAUCGAGUCUAUAACUAAUAGUUUACAAACGCGAUAUAUACUGUGCCAAUAUCUAGCAUCAUCAGUCAGUUAUUCAAAUACGGUUAAUCGCUAAGUUGUUUUAAUUACCUAUACCGUAAGUCCAUAACAUGACGCAGAUUACUGUGUAGGGGUUAUUUCGACUACUACUGGGCAUUAUGAAGUGUAUUCAGUUUAUGUUGCUUGUAGAAGUUAUGAGCUUAGUUGAUUCACGUAAGUUGUUUACGUUGAAGUUAUUAAAAAACAAUGAUUCAACAAACUUAUCAACAGGUCGACCCCUAACCAACCGGGGAAGUUAUGAAAUAUCUUUGGCUUCUACGAAACCUAAAAGAAAGGCAGAGAUAAUCUUCAUGAUGUGCUUACCCAAAGUUCCUGAAAAUGUUCACGCAACAGCAAGACCGAGCAAACCAUAUUUGCCCCACAAGUUCAACGUGACCAUUCUUGCAAUUAAGAAACUCAGCUUUUUAGUUGAAUUAGAGCGAGUUGAUCAAGAUAAAGGGUGGGAUACGAUGCAGAUAAUUGUGGAUUGGUUCUCGUAUAUAAAAGGUAAUGGAAUGGUUUAUCAGAAUCUGAUCCUUUGGUUCCCUGAUGCUACAGAUAGAAGAACGAUAAAUGUCAACAUGGCAUCAAAAUAUUGCAACGACAAUGGCGGUCGAUUGGUGGAUAUUGUGGAUAAAGCGAUGUACGACGUGGUUUAUAACUACUGUCGACAAACCAUCGUAUUCGGAUCACAUGUUGAGGCUUUUACUUACCUCGGUUUAAGUUACAACCCAACGACUAAUACAGUGACUCAGAGCAACGGAAAACCUGGUUAUAAUGGAGAUUGGCACCCUGGUGGUCCGAGUGAACUCGUUGCACGCACCCGAUUGGUACUUGUCAUUAGGCCACCAAGUUCAACCAGCCCCGACCACGGAAUGUAUAAUUAUCCACCCAAAGCAUGGAAUUAUACCGUUACACAAUUAUGUUCGACUAACCUAAUGUAACUUAGUUAACAUAAGUGGGCUAUGUGAGUGAAUUAAUACCUAAAUGGAUGAAUGUAAGUUUGUACAGUGGUCAAAUUAGUAGCGUGCAUUCUCUCUUUAUUCAAAUAGUGGUAUGGACUUUACUUUGCCUUCUACCGCGCAUCAUCAUUGAUUAUUUAUUGUGAAUAUGUUAACUGUGUCUUGCUUAUUGUGGUUGUAUAUUC